AUGGGUAGUAGAGAGGGGAGGAUGGAAGAAGCUUCCAAGAUAUUUGAUAUGAUGCUUAAGUUGCGCAAAGAACCUGAUAUAUGUACUUAUAUAUCCAUAAUAUAUGGUCUGUGUUUGACCGGUAAGCUAGAGGAAGCACACGAAUUGUUUGAUUUGAUGGAGGACAAAGGUGUGAAACAAGAUGUUUGCAGCUUCACUAUGUUGAUCAAUGGAUACCGCAAGAGGUCUGGGUUGGAUGAAGCUAAUCAAUUGUUCAAGAAAAUGCAAAACAAGGGAUUAAAACCCAACCAAGUCACCUAUAGUACACUAAUAGAUGGACUAUGCAAGGCUGGAAAAGUUAGAAUGGCACUGAGCUUAUUCACUGAGAUGCGAUCUUACGGGGUAUCUCCUAACAUAGUUACAUAUAAUGCACUUGUGAAUGGGUUGUGCAAAGCUGGAAACAUUGAGGAGGCGAGACAAUUGUUUUCUGAAAUCCCCGACAAAGGAUUAGUUGCGGACGUUGUAACAUAUACCACUAUGAUCAAUGGUAUGUGCAAAAAAGGGAUGUUUGUCGAAGCGGAAAAACUGAUCAAUGAAAUGAAAAAUAAAGGGUGCACACCUGAUGCCACUACGUAUGGUACCAUUAUUAAGGGUCAUCUUGAAAAGGGUCAUUUUGAGGGAGGUAAUGUUACAAAAGCAUUAGAGUUCUUCAAAGAAAUGCGCAUAAGGAAAUUGUCACUCAACAAUGCCACUAAAUCACUGUUAAUAAAAUCCUUGUCUGCAGAUCAACUCAAAAACUUGGAUUUUCCUGUAAGACUGCCGUAA